GUCUGGAUUCAGGUCAUGACACUACCCAUCGUUUACAACUGGGUAAUCAUCAUUUUGAGGACUUGUUUCACUAUGAUAGCACUGAGCUACCUCCCUGUGUGGCUUACUCUGGACUAUGUGUCAGACCUCAUGUAUAUGAUUGAUAUGAUCAUCACUCUUCACACUGGUUACUUGGAUCAGGGCAUCCUGGUCAAAGACCUGAUUCAGUUGAGGAAGCGCUACCUGCGCUCUAAACAUUUCCUCUGGGACCUGGCUUCCAUUCUUCCUUUCGACUUCCUGUAUUUUGCAUUCGGCUUCAAAACUCCUCUGGUCAGAAUCAACCGCCUUUUGCGUAUCCCACGACUCAACGAGGCCUUGGACCGCAUGGAGACAAGAACCUCCUACCCCAACACCUUCCGCAUUGCCAAGCUCAUGAUCUACAUCUUUGUGCUUAUCCACUGGAAUACCUGUCUGUACUUUGCGCUGUCCAGCAGCCUCGGCUUUGGAAGUGAUCCCUGGGUUUACCCUAAUAUCACCGACACAGAGUUUGGCUCCAUGCGACGUCAGUACUUUUACUGCUUCUGGUUUUCCGCACAGAUUUUAACCACAGUGGGAGACAUCCCCCAUCCAGAAAGGGAAGAGGAGUUCAUGUUUAUGAUCGCAGACUUGCUCAUUGCUGUGUUGGUGUUUGCGUCAAUUGUUGGCAAUGUCGGCAAUGUCGUCACAAGCCUAAGAGAUCGCGAUAAUGUCUUCUUCCCUAACCAUGAGCUGAGGAAAGGAGAUGUGGGCCAUGAAAUGUACAUCAUCAAAGAAGGAAAAUUGGCUGUUGUGGCAGAUGAUGGGGUUACAGAAUUCGCUGUGCUGAGUGAUGGGAAUUUCUUUGGGGAAAUUAGUAUCCUUAACAUCAAAGGUAACAAGUCAGGCAACCGCAGGACUGCCAACAUCCGAAGCAAUGGGUACUCUGAUCUCUUCAGCUUGUCCAAAGAAGACCUGACAGAUGUAUUAUCGGAGUUCCCUGCAGCCAAACGUCACCUGGAGGAGAAAGGCCGGCAGAUCCUCACUAAAAUGGGCAUGUUGGAGGAGAGUGGGGAGAAAGAGGAAGGGGAGGGAGAGAAAGUGGAAACCAAGAUAAAAAGACUAGAGAACAACUUGGAGGUUCUGCAAACUAAAUUAGCUCGACUAAUGAUGGAAUUGGAAUCGAGCAACCACAAAAUGCAGGCCAGGGUGGCGCAGCUGGAGCUGGAAGUUUCAGAAUUGGAGACUCAGGUGUCCGAAGAUGAUGGAGAGAGAGACAGAACAUCGGGAAGAGGGCAAGGUGUGGGUAGGGAGGCUGAAUGGGAGCGAGAGGAGGCAGAGGGAGAGGAGGAGGAGGAAGAAGAAGGCUCAUAUAUGAAGGGGGAAAAACAGGGACACAGAGAUGAUAGUAAUGAUGUCACCAAAGAGGGAGAUGGUGAGAGCACUAAAAGUACAAAGGAAGAUGCUGAAAGGGUGGUAGAGGGAGAUAAAUGUAGGCCAAAAAACCCAGAUAAUCAAGGAGAUAAAAGUGAAGAUGAUGGAGAGACGAUCCAAGGAGAUGACAGACCUGGGAAAGAAGAUGGAGCUGAGAUUGAACCUGAAAAUGGGAAAGAAGCGAAAAGUGGAAAGAGAGAAUCUGAGGAAGGGAAAAGGAGGAAAAGGACAAGGGGAAGAAAGCUGAAAGGUAGAAGAAAUGAACGAAAAACUAAGAAAAAAUGAAAAGAAAUGUGAACUGUGUUUUUCCCAUAUGCGUUUGACUUUUUUUAUACUAACAAAUAUUUUUUAAAAACAUAAAUUAUUAGGAAACGCUGCAGUGGAUAUUUGUUCCCCUAGAUGGCAGCAUUGCAUUCCUCCCUUCUAAGUCAUCGUCAAGAAAAUCAAUGUAUUAACCCCUCCCCUCUCCCUUUAGUAUA